AAACACAAAACAAUAAAUAUUAAGACGAAGAGGAAACAAGGACAUCUGUAUCCUUUUUCGUAUCUAUAUAUUAUAUGAUUAGGGGACGAAUAUAUAUUAUAUUAUUGAUCGAAUGACGAUGAAAAUAAUAAUAAUGACGAUGAUGAUGACGACGAAGAAGGGGAAAAAAUAUCGACAUCAGUUUUAUAUAUAUCCUCCUUCUAGAUCACUACUCUUCGAUUACAAGAGCAUGGCAGCGAAAGCGCACAUGACGAGAGCGCCAACCUUGGGGGCACUCUUGAAAGUAGCCGCGCCAGUGAACGCGGGACGAGCAGGGCCUGAUGGGUCAAAUGUUAUUAUAGGUUACUUCUUGGCAUGUCAUGGUCGUAUAUGAAAAGCAGAGAAAUGAUGGGGUAAUAUGAUAUAGCGCAGGGAAAAACUUACUCGUCUCAGUUCCUGACUGGGCACCGUGCUCGCCCGAAGCGGGGGACACCUCGGUGCUGGGAGAGG